UAUUCUUCACCAGCAACUUCUCUCAAUCCCCAGUAGCUCUCUCCUUUCUCUAAAAUAGCAAUGGCCACGGUAACCCUACGAUUCCUCUCAAAACCAACCUUCCUGCUGGCGCUACUGAUGAUGAUGGCUGUGGCAGUAAACCAGUCCGAUGCACAGCUGUCCACAAACUUCUACGCCAAUUCCUGCCCCAACGCCCUCUCCACAAUACGAACCUCCAUCAGAACAGCCAUCUCCAGAGAAAGAAGAAUGGCGGCCUCCCUCCUCCGGCUCCACUUCCACGACUGCUUCGUCCACGGCUGCGACGCCUCCAUCCUCCUCGACCAAUCCCCAACCAUCACCUCCGAAAAAACCGCCCCACCAAACGACAAAUCCGCCAGAGGCUACCAACUCAUCGACGCCGCCAAAGCCCGACUCGAAACGAUCUGCCCUGGCGUCGUUUCAUGCGCCGACGUCCUCGCCGUAGCCGCCAAAGAAGCCUCCGCCUACGUGGGAGGUCCCUCGUGGAACGUGAAGCUCGGCAGGAGAGACUCCACGUCGGCAUUCCCUGAUGAAACCCUCACCGAUCUCCCGUUCUUCAAAGCCGACCUCCAGACCCUGAUCGACAACUUCGGGGCCAAAGGGCUCAGCCCGAGAGACAUGGUUGCGCUCUCCGGGGCCCAUACUUUGGGCCAGGCCCAAUGCUUCACCUUCCGUGACAGGAUCUAUAGCAACGGAACUGAUAAUAUUAUUGACCGUGGAUUCGCUAGCACACGGAGGCGUCGCUGCCCGGCUGUUGGGGGAGACGAUGCGUUGGCGGCGAUGGAUUUGGUGACGCCCAAUUCGUUUGAUAAUAAUUACUUCAGAAAUCUGGUGCAGAGGAAGGGACUUCUUGAGACCGAUCAGGUGCUCUUCAGUGGUGGUUCUACGGAUAGUAUUGUGAUGGAGUAUAGCAGGAGUCCUUCCAGGUUCAGUGCCGAUUUCGCGGCGGCCAUGAUUAAGAUGGGUGAUAUUCAGCCUCUCACUGGUUCGGCUGGCCAGAUUAGGAGGAUUUGCGGCGCCGUCAACAACUGAUGAUCGUCACUUCAUUCAUUGAUGUCAUCUUCGUAUUUCUUUGAUUCGAUUCAGACUGUUCUUGCCUUCUUGGGGAUCAACUAUCCCCCUCAAUUCUUUCAUUCUGUAUUAAUGUUGUUGUUUUUCCUGUGGUAAAUGAAAAAUAAUGAUUGAUGUUGUUGUUUUAUUUGUAAUAAAGGUUGUACAUUUCU